AGAAUAGGAAACAAAACAAAAAUUGAAUUAAAAGAGCCAACAAAGAAAGGAAAAGGAAAAUCGUAGAUCUGGUUCUGCUCUCUUUCAUCUUUAUUCAUAUCUCUAAUUACCCUCUCAAUUGGCCCCUCAAGAUCUAAAACCACACCGUUUUCAGCUCCCAAACCCGAACCAAAACCACCAUUUCUUAAUUUAGGGUUAACAGACCCCUCUCUCUUGUAUAUAUUUCUAUCUUUGAUUUUAUUCACCAGUUCAAACAUUCAAUCAUACAUCUAUUCGUUUUCAAAUAAAAAAUUAUCGGUUACAAAUGUCGGUGGCGCCGGGAAAAUCGUCGUAUCGGGAUCGGACGCAGGAGUUUUUUAGCGUAGCGGAGAGGUUAAAGAAGUCAUUUUCGUCGGCGAACAAUGCAGCGGCAUCUACUAGUAGUACUCAUUUCUCGUCGAAGUCAGAUGCGGCACGAUCUGUGGUGGCGAUUCAAUCCGAGUUUAAUAAACGAGCGUCUAAGAUUGGAUUUGGUAUCCACCAGACUUCUCAGAAGCUCUCGAAACUCGCUAAAUUGGCAAAGAGAACAUCAGUGUUUGAUGAUCCAACUAUGGAGAUCCAAGAGCUUACAGCAGUUAUAAAGCAAGAUAUUACUGCACUCAAUGCAGCUGUAGUAGACCUUCAGCUUGUUUGCAAUUCGCAAAAUGAAAGUGGAAACAUCUCAAGUGACACCACAACUCAUUCAACCACUGUUGUAGAUAACCUGAAGAACCGCCUGAUGAGCGCCACAAAGGAGUUUAAAGAAGUUCUUACAAUGCGAACAGAGAAUUUAAAGGUACAUGAAAACAGAAGGCAAUUGUUUUCUUCAACUGCAUCUAAAGAUUCUACAAAUCCUUUUGUCCGACAACGUCCAUUAGCUUCUAGAUCUACUGCUGAUACAUCUCCAGCUCCUCCCCCUCCAUGGGCCAAUGGGUCUGCAUCUUCAUCCCAAUUAUUUCCCGGCAAGCAGGCAGAUGGUGAGUCAGCGCCACUGUUGCAGCAGCAGCAGCGUCAACAGCAACAGCAGAUGGUUCCGCUACAAGAUAGUUACAUGCAGAGUAGAGCUGAAGCUCUGCAUAAUGUUGAGUCAACCAUUCAUGAGCUGGGCAAUAUAUUUACACAACUAGCAACCAUGGUUUCUCAGCAAGGAGAGCUUGCAAUCAGGAUUGACGAAAACAUGGACGAGACACUGUCAAAUGUAGAAGGGGCACAAAACCAACUGGUGAGGUAUCUUAACGGUAUUUCAUCCAACAGAUGGUUGAUGAUCAAGAUAUUCUUUGUAUUGAUUGCAUUCCUCAUGAUUUUCUUGUUUUUUGUGGCUUAGUGAUAAUAUACGUAAGAGAAUGAAAAAUAAAGGACCAUAUCAAUUUUCUCCUUGUCAUGCAAUUCUAUUCCUUUUUACUUAAGUUGAGAAUGUAAAGUAUGUUUUGUACUUAAAAUGGUGAAAGAUAGGUGCACAAUUUUUGGCGUAAAACUGUCUUAAUUUAUUGAGAAAUCGUCUUUGUAUUGUUUCUUUAACUGAAUCUAGCUAAUCAAAUAUGGAAUUGUUUGCA